UCUUACUGUUAUUGGAUAAACGUCGUUUGUGAAUCCCAUCAAUAACUUUAUUUGAAACACAAGCACUGAGAAACGCACAGUAACACAACUAUGGCUGACUCAGACCACGUAACAUUUACAGAAGGCACAUUUUACCAGGGACAUUUUGACAGCAGAGCAUACAUAAAAAAUUACUUAACGGUUAGCGGUGAAUGCCCUAAGGUUUUGGCUUUCCUUCUACGCUGCCUGCACGAGACAUUUGCAUCAGGAAAUCUCAAGGGCAAGAAGCUGAUCGAAAUAGGAUGUGGACCUACAGUCUAUUGUUUAAUAAGUGCCAGCAAAUACUUUGAAGAAAUGGUGAUGUCAGACUUUACCGACUGCAAUCGCCGAGAGGUUGAGAUGUGGCUGAAAAAUGAGGAGGGCUGUUAUGACUGGCGUCCCGUCAUCCAGUUUGUCUGUGACCUGGAAGGCAGAAGCAGGUCACCAGAAGAGGUGGAGCAGAGGAUGAGGCAGGCAGUGAAGCAGGUGCUGAAAUGUGACGUUCGAGAGAAGAACCCUUUCCACCCUCUGACCAUGGAGCCGGCGGACUGCAUAGUGUCCAGUCUGUGUCUGGAGUCAGCCUGCAAGGACCAGGAGACGUACCGCCGGGCUCUGGGCAGUAUCGCGGCUCUCAUUAAACCUGGGGGUGCACUUGUGCUCAUUGGGGUCCUCAAUGAGACCUUCUACCUCGUGGGGCAGCACAGGUUCUCCUGUCUGGUUCUCAGUCAGAGCAUAAUUGAGGAGAUUCUACGCGACCUGGGCUUCUCCAUCAAGCAGGUCAACAUCCAGUUAACGGAUGGGAGCGAAAAAGAGUUCUGUGAUGCCGAGUCGUUUUUUCACCUGGUUGCUCACAAAACAAAAUAG